UUGUUUAUGUUUGGUUUAUGUUUAGCUGAUUUACUUGUUUAUAUGGGUUUUUAUAUUAUUGUGUUUCGAUCAUAGUACGCAUAUUUAAAUAAUAAUGGCUAUAAGAAAUCCUAGAUUACCUCUUUUACCGGGAUACAGUAGCAACCCUUUGAUCGGCAGGAAGAACUUCGGUUUACGUCCGGUGUUCACGUCGGUGGACAAGGUGAACAUGUUGGUGGACAAGUCCGAGGGAGUGGGCCGCGAGCCCGCGUUGUACGCCCGUCGGCAGGCGCCAGACCUGCCCGCAUGGAUAUUGUACGACAAACAUAUCCUGCGUUUCCAAGCGUUCUACCAGCAGUCCCUCCAUGAGCUGCGAGAGCCACGCGUGCUGCGGAAGGUGGACAUACUGUUCUAUCUCGAGGACGGCACCAUCAAGGUCAACGAACCCAGAGUCAACAACAGUGGCCUGCUACAGGGAACUCUGAUAAGUCGUCAGCGCGUUCGUCUGCCAUACAGCACCGACCUCUACUACGACGUCCUCGACCUCAACGUCGGUCGCGAGGUUUCCUUUUAUGGAAAAAAUUUAAAGAUUGUGAAUUGUGAUAAUUUCACGCGAGUUUUUCUAAAUCGUUUGGGAAUCAACGUGCCUGAUCCCAUACCUUGGCCAGAUGUUGUUGAGCGAACUCCACAUUUACAAAAACCAUCGAAACGGUGGCCUUUCAAACAAUUUUUGGACUUUGAUGGGCGCGUUUUAAGGUUUUUCGGUUACUGGGACGACCGCGGCUCGCAGUUCGGGACCGUCCACCGUCUGGAGAUCCACUACUACCUGGCGGACGACACCGUGGAGAUCAAGGAGUUGCUCCCCCCCAACUCCGGAGUGGAGGGGGGACCGAUGUUCAUGAAGAGAAUGAAAUUACCGAAGAAACUGCCGGCCCGCAUCGAGAUGUCAUCGGAGCCGGCGCCGACGUCGUACUCGCCCGAGGACCUCAGCAUCGGCGCCGUUCUGGACGUGUUCAACCGGAAGGUGGUCCUCACCGACUGUGAUCCCUUCACCAGGGAGUACUAUAGAGUCACUUACGGGAUAGACUCGUUCAACCCACUGCCGACGCCGGAGGACGGGAACACGGAGUGUAUAUCGACCGCGGCGACGCGUCAGCUGCCGCCGUGGAACGGCUACGGCAGCUACGCCGACUCCGCCGAGAACUGCCGCACCGUCGAGCCUAAAGCGCCACAUCGUGAUUUCAUCAAGUUUCUGCAUAAGGACCGCAUCGGAUUCGAUUCCCACAUUCUACGAUUCGCAGCUCGUCUCAUAAACGACAAUCCCAUAGACGCGAGCCGAUACUUCAUAGUCAAGUAUUACCUUUGCGACGAUACUAUUGCAGUGUUUGAAUUGGGAGAACGGAACUCUGGUUUCACGGGUGGCAAUUUCUUCCGUCGCGACAAGAUGUAUCUCCCCGACGUGGAGUUCUUCGUACCGGAGGAGCCACCAUCGUACACGGACCGCGACAUGUGGGUCGGCAACGAGCUGCUCAUCAAUAGACAUCGCUUCCGACUGGUCGCUGCCGACGAGUACGCUCUACGGUAUAUGGAGCUCAAUUCCGCACAGUAUCCUAUGGCCAACAUAGUAUUGAUAAUGGACAAAAUUCGUCGAACACUGGUUUCUAAGGAGAACGGUUACAAAGACUUUGUGGCUAAAUACAUGGACCUGGUAGCACCACAUAACAAACAACUUAUGUCUGUCAGAUGCUUUAAGCAAGCAUUACGGGAGAUAAUAUGUGAAAAGAUGACUGAACAUGAGUUUAUCACACUGAUACGAUACUUCAGAGGAGACCCCGGAGCUGAGAGGAAUCCGCGUCGUGAAAUGAUAAGAUCACUGGUAUUCUCUGAGCUGACGCGCGGUCUAUGGGACGAUCGAGAGCGUCUGCGAGAAGGAUUAGCUCACGCGGACGAGGUCGGUGCCGGCGUACUGUCGCCGCACCGACUGCGGCAGCUGCUGCGCGCUCACCGCCUCACUCUAAGCACCGAUCUGAUGGACUGUAUGCUGCAAGUGCUGCAGAAAGACAAAGACUGUAACAUCGUCUACGAGGAUCUGAUGUCGUUCCUCGACUUUAAAACCCAACCGGCGUCUCACACUGACGAGGAUAUUGCGAAUUUAGUUCGCCACGCACCGCCAGUUAAAGAUACAGAGUGUAAGCUGUGGGCCGACAUGGACACGUACAUAAAGGGAGGUUACGUCAACUGGAACGCGUUCCUCUGCCAACUGAACCUCGAACAUCUAGUCAAAGAUCAAACGUCGUGAGUUUUUAAAUAAUUUAUUGUGAGUCUACCAAUUUUUGUAUGCUUUUGUAUUUUGUGAAUUGUGGCCAAAUAAAACAUGUUGUCGAUGUCGAA